AUGACACUUUUUGGAAGCACCUAUGUUUGCGGACAAUCAUCUUCUGCAAUGAAAAUAAUUAGAAGCGAUCAUCGAUCGAGAUUAAAUGAUGUACGGUUAGAAAGCUGCGUGCGAGUUUGCUGUGUCGUCUAUAUCUGCAAAUAUAGAUCAACUGAUGGUAAAGAAGCAAUGCCAAAUUUCUCUCAUUAAAUAAUCUUUUUCCACAUGUAUCUUUCGGCGUUUUUUUAACAGUAUUUCUAUUAAUGAGAGUUUUAUUUCUGUAAUUUUUUUAUACUAAGUUUAUUUUGUUAAUAAAGAGAUAAUUUGAGUUCGUUAUUCAGUGUUUGUAUUUUCAUAAGUUUCUUACAUGCGGCCCGCACAACAUUUUUAAAUUUGUAGCUGGCCCAUUGUAAAAAAAGGUUGCUUAUCCCUGGUCUAGAUAGUACUGUACAGAUGGUUUGCACAUGGUAAGGCUCCGAGUUGUCGCAAAUUGUCGCGGCGCACAAUGGGCUGCAUCUACAAUUUUCGUUACGUUUUCUAAAACAGCGAUAUUUCUUUUUUAGAAAACUCCAAAGUAGGCGCCCCAUAAAUUUAGUUAGUCUCAAAUACAAUGAGAUCUCUCGCAACAUAGGGGUUGCCAUGUCAGAAACAUGUGCAUACCUGAGGAGUUGUGCAAACAAUGGAACAGUUUCCAGAAGAAAAUGGGACCAUUUCCCAGAAUUGCCAUCCCACUCGAAUUACUUCAUGGGUGGCAAUGAGAUAUUUUGGAAACCUCCCUCACACUUCCUUAUUGGUCUUAAUAACAUAUCACAUGAUAUUACAUUUUAUUUUCAAUAAAAUAAUAUUAUAAAGAAAAUUUUAUAAUUUAGUUCUUAUAAUAUCAAUUAUAUAAUAUAUUAUUUAUUACUUUAUAUUAUAAUAACAUUUAAUUCAGUUAUUCAAAUUAAUUUCAUUUUAAUUUUACAUUUUACAUAAAUUAUAAAGAAAUUGUUAUAAUUAAUCUUUUUGUAAUAAAAAUUUUCUAUUAAAACAAAAAGUUUAUUUAAUUAUAUUAUUAAUAGACUCCAUUCUAUUUUAA